AUGGAAGGUACGGACGCAUCCAGAAGCAACAGCUCGAGCCCUGACAGCAGGGACGCCCGCAGCCCCCCGGGCCCCAACGGCACGGUGGUGGAGAACGGCGGCGGCAGAGCCGAGGGCCCGGAGGCCAAGCCGGGCAGCAGCGGGCAGGGCGGGGAGGCGGCCCCGGGCCGCGGCGCGGGCAGCUCCCCGAGGGCGGCCGAGAGCCAGGGCGCGCUGUCCUCGGGCCCCGAGUGGCGCAGGCCCAUCGUCCAGUUCGUGGAGUCCGGGGAAGACAAGGGCCCCAACUACUUCAGCAUGGACUCCGCGGAGGGCAGGAGGUCCCCGUACGCCGGGCUGCAGCUGGGCGCGGCCAGGAAGCCCGUGGUCACCUUCGCUGACAAGGCCGAGCUGCGCAAGUCCAUCUUCUCGGAGCCCCGCAGGCUGUCGGGGCCUCUGGCUGAGCCCGGGGAGGCCCGGAGGGGCAGCGGCCAGCGAGCCGAGCUGGGCACCCCGCCGCGGGCCGAGCUGGGGGGCCCCGGCGCCCAGGAGGUACCCUGCGACUCGUGCAUCGGCCACAAGCAGCGCGCCGUCAAGUCGUGCCUGGUGUGCCAGGCCUCCUUCUGCGAGCUGCACCUCAAGCCGCACCUGGAGGGCGCCGCCUUCCGAGACCACCCGCUGCUUGAGCCCAUCCGCGACUUCCAGGCCCGCAGGUGCCCCUUCCACGGCAAGACCAUGGAGCUCUUCUGCCAGACCGACCAGACCUGCAUCUGCUACCUGUGCAUGUUCCAGGAGCACAAGAACCACAGCACCGUCACGGUGGAGGAGGCCAAGGCUGAGAAGGAGACGGAGCUGUCGCUGCAGAAGGAACAGCUGCAGCUCAAGAUCAUCGAGGUGGAGGAUGAAGCGGAGAAGUGGCAGAAGGAGAAGGACCGCAUCAAGAGCUUCACCACCAAUGAGAAGGCCAUCUUGGAGCAGAACUUCCGAGACUUGGUGCGAGACUUAGAGAAGCAAAAGGAGGAAGUGAGAGCUGCCCUGGAGCAGCGGGAACAGGAUGCCAUGGACCAGGUGAAGGUGAUCGUGGACGCUCUGGACGAGAGGGCCAAGGUGCUGCACGAAGACAAACAGACCCGAGAGCAGCUGCACAGCAUCAGCGACUCUGUGCUCUUUCUGCAGGAGUUUGGUACACUGAUGAGCAAUUACUCCCUUCCCCCAUCCCUGCCCACCUACCACGUUCUGCUGGAGGGGGAGGGCCUGGGGCAGUCCCUUGGCAACUUCAAGGAUGACCUGCUCAAUGUGUGCAUGCGCCACGUGGAGAAGAUGUGCAAGGCAGACUUGAGCCGGAACUUCAUCGAGAGGAACCACAUGGAGAACGGUGGUGACCAUCGCUACAUGAACAACUACACCAGCUACGGGAAUGAGUGGAGUGCUCCAGACACCAUGAAGAGAUACUCCAUGUACCUCUCGCCCAAGGGUGGGGCCCGGUCAUCCUACCAGCCAUCUUCUCCCGGCCGCCUCUCCAAGGAGACCAACCAGAAGAAUUUCAACAACCUGUACGGCACCAAAGGUAACUACACCUCCCGAGUCUGGGAGUACUCAUCCAGCAUCCAGACCUCCGAUGACCACCCCACUGUCCAAGGCAGCUCCUCCUUCUCCCUGAAAGGCUACCCCUCUCUCAUGCGGAGCCAGGUCCCCAAGGCCCAGCCCCAGACUUGGAAACCUGGCAAGCAGACCCUGCUGUCUCACUACCGGCCGUUCUACGUCAACAAGGGCAGCGGGACCGGGUCCAACGAGGCCCCGUGA